AAACAAUCAUUCAACCAUUGGACACGUCCUAAAACGUUCAAGCCCGUCUCGGAAUUUCACGGCUGAUGUGUCCAAGACAGACAUCAAUUCCUAUCAAAAUUAACGUAAGUCCUUUACGGAAAAAUAUUCAUCCGCAAUGUAUCAAUCCACCGCACAAUUUCACUGGGCAGACUAUUUGGUGUUCGCGUGUUCUCUCGCGAUUUCGGCGGGAAUUGGUGUCUUCUUUGCUUACAAGUCUCGCAGACAUGUCCUCAAAGAUCCCGAACAUCACAUGACCGGUGAUAAAAAGCUGCAAGUGUUUCCAGUUGCCCUGUCACUGACUGCAAGUUUCAUGAGCGCCAUUUUCGUUAUUGGAAUUCCUGCUGAGGUGUAUUUCAAUGGUGCGAACUAUUGGAUUGGAGGAAUUGCGUACCUACCAACCGUGCUGGUGUGCAGCAUAUUCAUGCUGCCCAUGUUCAGAAAGCUGAGACUAACUUGUGCUUACGAGUAUCUAGAAAUGCGAUUCAACAAAGCAGUGCGCCUUAUGGGUUCUACUCUAUUCAUUGUGCAGAUGGCUAUUUAUUUGGGUAUUGUUGUAUAUGCGCCAGCGUUAGCACUUAGUCAAGUUACCGGUUUGACCAUCGAGUUCUCCAUUUUAACAGUUGGUUUGGUGUCUACGUUCUACACAACAAUAGGCGGCAUCAAAGCUGUGAUUUGGACGGACGCCUUCCAGAUGGGGAUCAUCACAGCGGGGAUGUUAACGCUCAUCAUACAAGGGGCAAUCACUGUGGGAGGCUGGGAGGUGGUCAUGGAGCGAACCAACAAAGGGGGCAGACUGCCUGAUUUCGACUGGAAUCCGGAUCCCACUAUCCGCCAUUCGUUCUGGUCCUUGUUCGUGGGCGGAUUCUUGAGCCUCCUGACGAUUUACGGGUCCAACCAGGCCAUGCUACAGCGCUACGUGAGCACGCGCACUGACACGGGAUCCCAGGUUGCUUUGUGGACGAGCGUGGUGUUGGCAAUGAUCUACUUGUGUAUGUCGUGCCUUACUGGCCUCGUGCUGUUCGCCUACUACCACGACUGUGACCCGUUGUUUUCGAGGAGAGUCUCCAAGCCAGACCAAAUUGUUCCAUUGUUUAUGAUGGAUAUACUGAGUUUUGCUCCAGGACUUCCCGGACUUUUUGUGUCGUGCAUAUUCAGCGCCGCCCUGAGUACGGUAUCAUCCGGAAUUAAUUCUUUGGCUGCCGUGACUCUGAUUGACUUCAUAACACCAGCUCUGAACAAUUGCAUGUCCACCAAACUAACGAAAAGUCUGCUGUCCAAAAUAUCGCUACUGUUAGGUCAGUAUAAAAUGACCAUAGUUGUUUGUAACAUUGUUAUGGAAAUACACGUGGCACUGUUUAUCUGUACGAAUUGCACUGUUUAUCUGUACAAAUUCCCGCAAUACGUGAAUAUUGCACUGACAGUGUACGAUUACAGUUUGCGGUACGUGAAUAUUGCACUGACAGUGUACGCUUACUCUUUUCUGUACGGUGGUUUGACGAUUGGUUUGGCCUUUCUGGCCGGUGUGGCCGGUAAACAGGUCCUGCAAAUAGCGAUCAGCAUCUUUGGGAUGAUGGGAGGCCCUCUACUAGCUCUGAUCCUUGUCGGCAUGUUCCUACCGUUCGUCAACUCGUGGGGUGCCGGGAUUGGUCUGGUGUGCAGUACAGUCACCUCCCUGUGGGUAGGGAUCGGUGCGGUGCUCAACCCCCCGCCACGCCACCUGCUUUCCCUCAGCAUAGCUGGUUGUGUUAGCAACGCCACAAGCUGGAACAUUACAACCACGACGACGACGACUUUUAGUAUGACGACAAAAGUAUUAUCAACGCAAUUGCCGUUGACGCCACCAGAGAGGUCAGUGCUGUCGGACUGGUAUGAACUGUCCUAUCUUCAUUAUGUUACCGUGGCUAUCAUCGUCUUCCUCGUCGUUAGCGUGGUGGUGUCAGCUGCAACAUGUUUUAAUCGUGGCAGGAUUGUGGAAAGACGUCUCUACUACAGUGUAUUUGGCUGCUGUAGUGAGGAAGGUGAAACCUACGACGUAAACAGGAACGUCCAGAGUGAAAACAUAUCCAUGACAACAACAGACAAAUUUGCAUAUGUUAACAAAGGCUUCAACUAGAACCGCACCUGAGUCACUGAACAUUUAGACACACUGUUUCUGUUCUGUAAUAUUUCAUUGAUUGAAACAUAUAUUAUUGCUUUUGAAAAA